UUUAAGCGAAGAAAUUGGAGGACCGGACUUGCGGCAAAGGCCAGUGCGAUUCAGAGAUUGGAAGCAUUACCGUCAUUUUUGGGGUCACUUUUUGGUAUGUGAAGCCCAAGCACAGAUACAGCAAAUGGUCAACGAAUUUAUAGUGAAACCUGAAAAAAGAGGUGGCGGGCUUGGAGGCAAUAAUGCUGGUAAUUGGCACAAGGCGCAAGCGAGACGGACUAGCAAUAGCGGUGGACUUCAGCU